AUGGGCCGCCCUACUACCAGCGCGCAGCUGACCACAAAGGACAUGACACCUCAAAACCAUGACAGGAUAGAGCCGGUUCUGCCGCCUGUCCCCAAUAUCACGCCUGCGCAAACCAUGGUCUCUGCAAUGACGGGCAGUCUGCUCACCUCCGUGCUCGUGACACCACUGGAUGUCGUUCGAGUUCGACUCCAGUCACAGAAGCCCCCCGUCCCCGCCGUCGAUUUCUCCAAGCUUGCCCUCACACCCCACAAUCUCACCCCGAUUCAAACUGCCAACUUGGGAGUCACGGCAUGCUGUCGCGAAGUAUUCUUUGCUGGCAACAAUGCCGAGUUCUGCUUGGCCGCGCCACAAAUCGAAGGAAUCACGGCUGGUGUGGCUGGUGGUCGCGUUCAUGACUGUGCUGUCCAAGAAGUCGAAAAGAAGACGUACAAGUCAACCAUGGACGGUUUCCGCAAGAUUGCCCGUAACGAGGGCAUCACAACGCUAUGGCGCGGGCUAUCCCCGACUCUGGUCAUGACGAUCCCCGCCAACAUCAUUUACUUUACUGGCUACGACUAUCUUCGGUUUAACUCCAACAGUCCACUCUCCAAGCUCUCGCCUGAUUAUGCUCCGCUUGCCGCUGGUUCCAUUGCUCGAGUAAUCGCCGUCGCUGCUGUCAACCCUAUCGAACUAUUCCGCACCCGCAUUCAGGCGUCCACAGCCUCUGCCUCUGGUCAUUUUAUGGAGACGCUCGGGGGCAUCAGAAAGAUGGUCGCCACCCAAGGGUACACCUCACUUUGGAAAGGGUUCAACUUGACACUCUGGCGCGAUGUGCCUUUCUCUAGUCUUUACUGGUGGGGAUACGAGACACUUCGUGCCAAAUUUACCGAUAUGCGUGAAGAGCGACGCGGACGAUCGCUAUCGCGUGAAGAGGACCUUUUCACCGCCCGGCGCCGGUCCCAGAGCAACGAGAAUCAGUCGGAAACGUUUGUCGACAGCUUCGCAGCCGGUGCCCUAUCCGGCGCGUUUGCAUCUAUUGUCACCAUGCCCUUUGAUGUUGGCAAGACGAGGACGCAGAUCUACAACAACGGCACCUUGCGAAAGACAAUUGGCACAGGAACCGCACCCGAGGAGCAAAGCAUGAUGCGACUCUUGUGGCACAUCUUCCAGACAGAAGGUGCUGCUGGACUCUGGCGCGGCUGGAUUCCCCGGACUCUCAAGGUUGCGCCAGCGUGUGCCAUUAUGAUUAGCAGCUACGAAGUCGGAAAGCGAGCCUUUCGAUCGAUCAAUGAGCGUGCAGCGCAUAAAAAGCAGCAAGGGCUUGAGCGAUAG